GUUUCUGAGUUGACUUCAGAGAGGAAAAUUACUUUUUAGCAUCUGUGAUUCAGUAUCACUGUGGUGAAAUGGCUGCUGAGACACAGAAGACAGGUGCUGAUGAUUCAGUACAGAUUGUUUUAGUUGGUGCUACAGGCUCGGGGAAGAGCUCUUCUGGAAACACCAUACUCGGCAAAAAACAUUUCUUAUCAGAAACAUCUGCAAAGUCAGUUACACUGAAGUGCCAAAGUGCAGUGGAGAUGAUCAAUGGUAGGCAGGUUACUGUGGUGGAUACUCCAGGCUGGGACUGCACAGAACUUUCUAAACACACAGUUUUGACUGAAAUACAGCAGAAUCUACAGAAACUCCAUGGCCCAUACUCCUUCCUCCUGGUCAUAAAGGUUGGUUCUGUGGAAUCUAAAGAAAUUGCUAAAAUCUAUGGUCUCAAAGACAUCUUUGGUCCUUCAUUCCUGGAGCACACCACAAUCUUGUUUUCACACAGUGAUGACCUUGAGUCAAAAACUUUUGCUGUAUUUCUCAGACAAGGAGGUGAAGAGUUUCAAACCUUGUUAAGUUGCUGCAACAACAGAUGCCAUUCCUGGAACAACAGAGAUAAAAGAUCUGAUGAGGAUGUGGAGAAAAUCUUGAAAGACCUGAAAAAGACAGAGAUGAAAAAACAGCAAUCAGUGAAAGGUUCCCAGGACAAAAUACACAAUAAUAAGGCUGGAACUUCUGAGCAGAAAGAGAACAGUUUAAAGAGGUUAAGAGAGGGAGAUGCACACAAAUUUAAAGGACCUAUCCGAGUUCUAUUCCUUGGAAUGACCAAGGUGGGAAAGACCUCAAGUAUCAGGACUCUUCAAAGAAAAUGUGAGCAGACUGAAGACAUUUACACAGAGGGAAAAGGUCUGCAGCUGAUAGACUCUCCUGGCUUUUCUGAUGAGAAUCCAAAAGAAAUCCAGGAGGCCGUCUCUAAGUCUGUAUCCACCCCUGGACCCCAUGUCAUUGUCAUAGUGAUGAGUGUUGGGCGCUUCAGUCCAGCAACCAAGAGAACCAUGCAGCAUGUUCAAGAUGUUCUAGGGAAGAAUGCCCCUAAAUACACUUUGAUCCUUUUCACUGGAAAAGACAAUCUGGAAGGUGAACCUAUUGAAAAAUUCAUUGAGAAGAAUGAAGACCUGACAAAAUUUGUGAACAAGAACGGGAACAGAUUUCACGCUUUGAAUAACAGAGACGCCAGCGACCAGAGACAAGUAGAUGAACUGCUGCAGAAGAUUACUAACAUCUUUGAAGCAAAUAUGGGAGAAUUUUAUAAAACAUAGGAAGAACGUUCAGAUACAGUGCAUAAGAAAGGAAAAGACUCUGAACAGAGUGGACUUUUGCGAAAAGCAAAAACUCUAUGAAUGAACAACAGCUAAAGUCCAAAUGCUUAAGUGCUCCAUAUGUAUACAUUACCUUCAAUUACUUCCUCCAUAAGUAUUAAUAACAAAACAUAUAACGUGUACUUGUUGUGAUGUAUCUCAUAAUGAGUCUUGGUGUGAUUGCUUCCUGGACUUGGAAAUAUAUUUAUAGUAUCGGGACGGUAAAGACUAAAUCGGGAAACUAUGCCUGAGCACCAAGGCAGCAUGUCUAUGCUACCUUUAGUCCUUCCCUUCAUGUCUCAAAGCCUGGGAGUGUCUACAGUAUGGAUGUAAAAUGUUUAGAAUAUUUGUGUUGAAUCUACUGAUAAUGUCUUUCAGUCAAAAGCACAACAGAGAUGGAGCAAAAAAGAAUCAUUCCAAACUUUUCUCUCCUACCACUGUGUGGAUACACUUUUCUUUUCACUUUUCACUGCAGUAAUGUUAAAGUCUCUUUAGAUGACUGUAUUGUUUGCUCUCCUGGAGCUCAGGUUUCUUUGAGAGAUGUGGCAGCCCUCAUUUAUUCUGCCCUUUAAUGUUCAUUCUACUGUAUAACUACAUGUUUUUCUUUCUGUCAGUUUGUUUAUCCAUUCCUUUGGAAAGAGGACAUCCCACUGUGCUUGUCAAGUUAUGAACAUAACCUUAAGAUAUCCAAAGUGGAAUAUUUCCAAUGCUUGAUUUGAGUUGUAUUGUUUUUGUAUUUAGAAGUAAAAAGCGUAUACAAAAACAUAUCCAUAUGUGUAUACAAAUAAAUAAAUAAAUAAAUAAAUAAAUAG